CCCGGUGCUGUUCUCUGCUGGGACCACCCAGGUCUGAAUGCCUACAAGGCGUCAUGGGGUCGCAGAGCUGGCAAACCGGGGCUCGUUUGGGGACUUGUGCAGGAGUGGUGAGCGCUGUUCCAAACACGCACCUGGGAGAAGGCAGGCAGUGCAGCUGUUGACCCUCCACUGUCAGCCUGAAUUGACCUGCAGCGCCCCCUACCCCGCCCCCGCCCCGGGCUUUUUAACUAUAUUGGCGAGUUUCUUGAAGGUAUAGGGGGCUGAAGUCACUCACGUGCUUUGUAAUGAAAGAACCCCCCCAAACAGGACCAAAGCCCCCAGCCUCAAGGAGCGAGGACGGGGUGGAGAGCUUUAUAACUAAUUAUUUUCUAGGAGGAGGAGGGAGGUGUGUUGUACGCCACAGUCCGCUAGGGAGGCGGAGACCGAGCCACGACGUGGUUUGGAGUUAGCGGGGGUUUUUUGUUUCCUUUAAAAAAAAAAGUGUGUGUGGAGGGGGAAAACCUAAAAGUCAAAAAAAAAAUACAUUUAACUGAUUCUCCCUUUUUGUAUGUCGGAUGCUGCAUGAGCCUGAAACACCAAUAAAUGGAGACUGCAUGAAACGCUCCUCCAGCCUGAGUUGGUCCUCCCGUCGGUUCGCCACUGGGUGCGCUCUUUGGGGGAGAACCUACUAGAUAGUAUGCGCCUGCACCGUCCCGGCGGCCAUCUUUACUGUGGGCCGAAGUCUAUAAUGCCCAAGCGCCUACCUGCGCAUGUGCAAGCCUUCCUUUGCCUUCCUCUUCCAAGUAGCUUUCACUAGAGUGGAGCCUUCCGCGCCAUCUCUAUGCGCCUGCGUACUGCGACCCUGCGCAGCCUGCGAGGCAAGUCUUAGCUUCAGGUGUGUACGGCGGCUGAGGUAGCGGAACUGCGAGGUGUGGAGAGGGGCGGUGUGAAGGCGAGAAGAACGGUCUGACCGAGAAAGUGGUUUCUGCAGUUCCCGGGGAACAUUGAGUACCGGAUCUCAAUCCCUGGGGCGGGGUACUUGGAGGAAACUGAGCGCCCCCUCCUGGGAACGCGCGGUCUGGUCGCAGGGACCGCUGUUGGAGCCUGAUUGGUUGGAGAGACAUCUUUGGGGACACCCCUGGGGAGCCCAGUUCUUGGGGGUCGGGGAAAUCCCCCGCUUAGCACUCCUGCCUCACCUAUAAUCGCAGGGUUCCUUCCCUAGUGGCUUAUGUCCCUUGUCCGGGGUCAUGGAGAUAUUGCGGCCAGCACGGCAGCGCCUCUGUCUGAAGAAGGGGAAGUGACCUCCGGCUUCCAAGCUCUGGCGGUGGGAGAUACCGGAGUCCCCUCGGCUUCGGCCAAUAAAGCCGAGGAAGAGGGGGAAGGAGUACGGGAGGAGGCCGAGCGUGAGGGGUCUGGGAUCGAGGAGGUGCAGGGAGAAGCCCCCAGUGCUGAGGGUGAAGAGCAUGCCAAGGGAGAAUCCGAGGACUGGUGCGUGCCCUGCAGCGAUGAGGAGGUGGAGCUGCCCGCGGAUGGGCAAUCCUGGAUGCCCUCCCCUUCUGAAAUCCAGCGGCUCUAUGAACUGCUGGCUGCCCACGGUACCCUGGAGCUUCAGGCCGAGAUCCUGCCCCGUCGGCCACCCACGCCUGAGGCCCAGAGUGAAGAGGAGAGAUCUGAUGAGGAGCCAGAGGCCAAAGAGGAGGAAGAGGAAAAACCGCGCAUGCCCACAGAAUUUGACUUUGAUGAUGAGCCAAUGACACCCAAGGACUCCCUGAUUGAUCGGAGACGCCCCCCAGGAAGCUCAGCCCGGAGCCAGAAACGGGAAGCCCGCCUGGACAAAGUCCUCUCAGACAUGAAGCGACACAAAAAGCUGGAGGAGCAGAUCCUUCGUACUGGCAGGGACCUGUUCAGCCUGGACUCAGAGGACCCCAGCCCCAGCAGUCCCCCACUCCGGUCCUCAGGGAGUCUCUUCCCCCGGCAGCGAAAAUACUGACUGGUGCUCCUAGGGCCUUUCUUCCCUAACUCAGGGUGCUGGGAAACUUGGAAGAGGAGCAAAACUCCAAGUUCCUAACACAGCACCUUGCCAGAAAGAGGGCGUGUGUGUGUGUGUGUGUGUGUGUGUGUGUGUGUUUUCUGUUGAACAUUUAUUUGAAAACCUGGCCUGCAAUUUCUGAAUCUAAAAUAAAAAAUACAAAGUUAUCUUCUCUUA